AUGGAGAUGGUGUGGGUGAAGGAGGAGCCUCUGUGGGAAGCCGCGGCGGAGCCCGAGGGCUCCCCGGGACGCGCAGAGAACCCAGCCCCGCAUGACGAUGUUGCAGCCGCCCCACAGCCGGAGUCUGGAAUCGUGUCAGUAAAGCAGGAGCCCGUAUCAGAGGACGCCACAGGCGAGCCCGGCGAGGCCCAGUGUGGAGUGCAGCCACAGGAUGAGCUGGUUCAGGAACACGUUCGAGUCAAGAUUGAAGUGGAGUGUGUGAAGCGGGAGUCCGCGGGGGAGGGAGAGGGGCAGGGGGAGGAGGCGGAGGGUGGGAGCCGGACAGCCAGCGAGGGCGAGAAGGAGACCGCGCAGGAAGGGACACAAACACCGCAAGAGUCUGGUCAAGCACAAGAGCAAGCGCGCGACUCGCAACCGACCAAUCACGGUCAUGUGAGCCGCGGGCCCAACUCGUGCGAGAUCUGCGGCAAGGAGUUCAAGCAAUCCUACAACAUCAAGGCUCACAUGAGAAUACACAGCGGCGACAAACCCUACGCCUGCGAUAUGUGCGACAAACGCUUCAUGACGCCGCGCGACCUGAAGACACACGAACGGACGCACACCGGGGAAAAACCCUACAUGUGUAAGAUCUGUAAAAAAGUAUUUUCACAAUUGGGAAAUUUAAAGACACACGAGCGGACACACACGGGCGACAAACCACACUCCUGUAAAAUAUGCAAUAAAGAAUUUGCGGAGACGAGUAGUUUGAAAAAACAUGAGCGUAUUCACACUGGUGAAAAGCCGUAUUCGUGCGAAAUAUGUAGAAGAGAGUUCCGGUUAUCGAGUAUGUUAACUAAACAUAAAAGAGUUCACAUGGAAGAAAAACCAUACGCCUGUGGUUUUUGUAGCAAGCAGUUUGUGCUACAGGGAGAUCUACAAAUACAUGUCCGUAUACACACGGGUGACAGACCCUACGUGUGCGGAACAUGCGACAAGGAGUUUACACGACCGAAUACUUUGAAGCGACAUGAACGAAUUCACACAGGCGAAAAACUGUACUGCUGUGAAGUCUGUCAAAAAGAGUUUACUAAUUCCAGUGAUUUAAAAAAGCAUCGGCGAAUACACACUGGUGAAAAGCCGUACUCAUGUGAAAUCUGUAAAAAAGAGUUUACGGGCUCGAGCAGUUAUCACAGGCAUAAACUAGUUCACACAGGGGAGAAGCCGUAUUCGUGCGAGAUUUGCCAUAAGGAGUUCAGGCAAACGAGUAGUUUAAAGGAUCAUUUACGAAUCCAUACCGGUGAAAAGCCUUACGUGUGUGAUUUAUGUAAUAAAGACUUUAGGGAAUUGAGCGGUCUAAGAAGGCAUAAACGAACUCACACGAGGUAAAACUGUUGGAGUGUGAAUAAAAUGUUCUUUUAACAAAUCACGAAGGUUUUAAUUGAAUGCCGUGUCGAUGCCACUAUAGCCUGUAAA